GCGCACGCGGGCGGUGGAAGCGGGAAGGAAGAGGAAGAGGAAGACGACGACGGGACGGACGGGCCCGGCCAGUCCUCUCGGUUCCGGUCUCCCACUUUCCGCGGCUGCCUGCCUGCCUGCCCCGCUCCCCCACCUCGUGCUCUCUCCCUUUCUUUCGCGAACGCCCCGCGGGCCGCCGAUUCCUACUCAUCAGCCGCGCGCCGGGGAGAGAAGACAAGCGCUUUCUUUCUCCCCGGAAUUCCGCGCCCACCUCCUCCUCCUCCUGUGCAUUUGGCAGCGCAGAUCCCGCCGCUCCCGUCCAGCUAGCCGAUCCUCCUCUUCUCUGUUCUCCCCUUGCGCUACUACUAGGCCUUGACUGUUCUCGACUCCCCUAAUCACCAGCGGCUCGGUCGGUCUCCCUCUUCCUCGCCGCGUUCCCUUCGGUCUCCGCUCCAACACGCCAUCUGCUGCCGCGCAAACACCGGGAAAUACCUUGGCCUUUCUGGUGUAACCGUGUAAGCGAGUUUCGACUCCCCAAGUUUGCUGCUUUUGGCCAAUCUUUUCUGGGCUUUCAGGUCUCAGCAUCACCUGCCCCGCUUUUACCGCGAUCUUUCUGUCCGAUCACUGCAAUUUUCAGCUUCGAGUACCUCCUUUUUCGGGAAAUUCAGUCUCUGCUGAUAAAGCUGUUGAGUGAGCGGCUCAUGCACCACACCACCAGUAGCUUCAGCUAAGAUCUCCAUCUCCCCAUGCCACAAACUCCUCCAGGACCGUCAGCCAUGGCCAAGCUGCUAUAGCGCUGCUGCUCCGGCUGGCCCGUGUGAGCUGCGAAAUUCGGGGGGUCCCUCUCCGGCUUCCCGCGCCCAUGGACGGCCUCCCCGACCCCGACGCGGCGCCGUUGGCGGCUGCGCCGCCGCAGAAGCGCGACGAGUGGAGCGAGAGCGGCAUCGUGCGCCUGCUCGAGGCCUACGAGGCCAAGUGGCUGCUGCGGAACCGCGCCAAGCUCAAGUGGAGCGACUGGGUCGACAUCGCCCGCGAGGUGUCCGUGCAUUGCGCCGACGACGCCGCGGCCGCUGGGAAGCCCCCCGGUGGCGGCGGCGGCGGCAACAGCGCCAAGACCCCCAACCAGUGCAAGAACAAGAUCGAGUCCAUGAAGAAGCGGUACCGGGCCGAGUCCGCCGCCGUGGCGCGCGCGGGCCCCGCCGCUGCCGGUCCGUCGUGGAGGUUCUUUGGCCGCAUGGACGGCCUGCUCAAAGGGCCGCCCGUCUGCUCUGCCCAGGUGCAGCCGCCGGAGCUGGUUAACAGCAUAGACUUGCGAGCUCCGGCGAAACCAGAGGCGGCUGAGGUUGAAGCUGAUUUCCCCACGCAGUUGCGGGAUGCAGUUCCAGGUGCAUUAUCUGAUCUGAUGAACAUUGACGCGAAUGGCGCUGCUGUUCCGGAAAAAGCGGAGAAGGUUGACAACAGCAUGCACAAGGAGUGCAGGCCUGCUGAUAGCGAUGCCAACGUGAGCUCUCCGAGGAGUAAGGUGGCCAACGAGGACGUGGAAGAGGUGAACAAUGUCUGGGACCGGACCAAGAAGAGAAAGAGCACAGACUUUGACAUAGCCAAGAGCAUCGAGCUGCUGGCUAGCUCGUUCUUGAAGAUUGAGCACGCCAGGUUGGAGAUGUACAGGGAGACAGAAAGGAUGAGGGUUGAAGCUGAGAUUAAGAAGGGGGAGAUGGAGCUCAAGAGAACAGAGAUCAUGGCGAAAACGCACCUGCAGAUCGCUAGGCUUUUUGCAAAGAAAUUGAAACAGAGCAGUGGAAAGAAUGGUGGCAGUUCGUCAGUAACAGCUGAAGUGGACACCCUUACCAAGAAAGGCGAGAAUGGUUCCGGGUGAUGUGGCAUGCCCAGCAGCUGUCCUCAGCGUACAUGGUGUACAUGACAUCUCACUUUCCCUGUGCAGCAAGUGUAGUAGUCUGAUUGAUGCAACUUCGUGAGUGGAGAAAUGGUCAGCUGUAAACUUACAGAUGCAAUAAUGAGAGCGAUGAUUUGACUGUUUCGCCCAUUGCGGGAUUAUUAUUAUAGAAGCGAUUUUUGAAUCAGUGACUUCCUAGUCUGAAAGUUUCCGUCCUCUGUUCCUGUAGCAAUUUGCUGACGAGUGACAACUAUCAUUUGUAUAUAA